GUGUCCAAAAUCUCUUCUUCUGGUAUUUGGGUUCGUCCUGACCCUGUCCCAUCUGUCCUCAUCUCAGAACUGGGCAACUUUUCAGAAGAAGCACAUUGUAGGCACACACCGAGCAUCAACUGUAACAACGUCAUGAACAACAGUUUAUUUAUCAUAGCAGGUCACUGCAAACCACUGAACACCUUCAUCGUUUCAAACACAGCCACCGUGAAGGCCAUCUGUAGCAGGGUGGCAGGUGAACGUAUUGUGUUAAGUAGCACAAGUUUCCAGCUCAUCAUUUGCACUCGUAGAUCCGAUGUGACCCCACCUUGUCCCUAUUACUCCAAUACUCAAAGUAAUGUGAUAUGUGUAAUUUGUUCGAAUGGAUUUCCUGUACAUUUUGUUGGAGUAGGAAAAUGUUAA